AUGGAGAAAAAUAGGUUCACCAAGAACCUGUCUCCAGACAAGAUAAACCUGAGCACACUGAAGGGCGAGGGUCAGCUGUCCAACCUGGAGCUGGAUGAGGAGGUGCUGCAGAACAUGCUGGACCUGCCCACCUGGUUGGCUGUCACCCGGGUCUACUGCAACAAGGCUGCAAUCAGGAUACAAUGGACAAAGUUGAAGACCAGCCCCAUCUGCCUGUUCCUGGACAAGGUGGAGGUGGAGAUGAGAACGUGUGAGGAGCCCCGUGCACCAAAUGGCCCCUCCCCUAUUGCCAUCACUGCUGGCCAGAGUGAGUAUGGCUUCGCUGAGAAGGUGGUGGAGGGUAUGUCUGUCAUCAUCAACUCCAUCACCAUCAAGGUGCAGUCCCGUGCCUUCCACGCCUCCUUCGAGCUCUGGCAGCUCCAGGGUAACAGUCUCAACCCCAAAUGGCAGAAGACUGACCUCCGCUACACCCGCAUCACAGACCCCAAGAGAGGAGAGGUUUUGACGUUUAAGGAGAUCAACUGGCAGAGUCUGCGUAUAGAGGCUGAUGCCAUAGAGAGUGAAGACCAGGACCUGAGCAGUAUCCCACUACGCCUCAUUACCAACCAGGGACGCAUCCGGAUCGCCCUGAAGCGCAGGGUGAAGGACUGUAAUGUUCUGGCCUCUAAGCUGCUCUUCAUUUUGGACGACCUGCUGUGGGUGCUGACGGACUCUCAGCUCAAAGCUGUCAUCCACUACGCCAAGUCCCUAAGUGAGGCCAUGGAGAAGUCUGCCCAGCAGAGGAAGAAUAUGGCUGCAGAGUCCCAACAGACUGCACCCCCAUCCCCUGGUAUCCACAAUCUAUGGACAGACCCUUCACCCCCUCCCAGCGUUGGUGUACCCAGUACCCUGGACCAGUACUUUGAUCAACACGACGUCAAAGAGUCCUCCUACCACACCUUCAUCUCUCGUCUAGAUCUGCACAUAUGUAACGACAGCUCCUCAGCAGAUCCCGAUGAGCCUCCACCUCCAGGCUCCCAGGGUGCAAUGCAGUUGACCUUCCGGAAGCUGGGUUUUGACUACUACCCCAUCCACCGGCCUGCUGAUGGCUGUCAGCACUGGGAGCGUCACUGUGGAGCAAUGGAGGCCCGAGCCCAGUGGGCUUGCAGACUGCUGCAGGAGUUCCAGAGGAGGGUGGAGGCGUCAGGUAUCCCUGGUCCACACUCUGAGAUCCCCAACCAGGCCAAGGACUCCCCUGCCAAGAGGGCUCACGAUGGACAGCCCAGCCCCCCUGACAGGGAUCAGAGCUCCAGGAGGAACUCAAUAGCACCUCCUCCCCCAGGGAACCCUCUGAAGAGGCUCCGCUCUAGCUGUGUGGUGGUACGAUUGGACGACCUUGAUAUCCAUCAGGUGUCUACAGGGGGACGCCACAGCAAGAAGACCCAGUCCUUACUAUCAUGUAACCGCAAGGCCCUGAACCUAGCAGACAAUAUACCAGCCAUCCACCUGCAAUUCACAGAGUAUUACUUCCCUGACAACCCCGGUUUGCCUGUACCCAACACUAACCUGUAUACCCAGCUGAACGGCCUACAGCUGUGCCUAGACCCAGCCAGUCUGCUGUGGGUCAACCUGUUCUCGCGGGGCCUGCUGCAUACCCUGGAGCAGGUCAAAGCCUUCUACCACCUCCAGGACGGCAGCAAGGCAGAGGAGCACGUGGACAUCCGCAUGGACGCAGCACAGAUCAAGUUGAUCAUUCCCCUGGAGUCAUCCAUCAUGGACCACCAAGACAGGCCCCAGUCCCUGAACAUCACUGUUCCCCAGACGGUCCUCAGCAACACAUGCCACUCCCCACACGGCACCCGGGCCGACCUCAACGCCACCUACAGCAGCUUCUCCACCUGCCACUUCUUCCAGUCCGCCCCCCCCUGCUCCUUCCCCCGAGACCAGAGCGCCUUUAUCCCCCUACCCUCUGCCUUCUUCCAGCACUCCCUGGAGAUGGAGCCCCUGCCCUUUUCUGAGAUGAGGCCCCUCCGAGCCAAGGACGUCUGGUUCCUAAGUCUUUCCCGCCUGUCCGUGAGCUUCGAGGGGGCACGGAAAAGCAACAAGGGCAGAGCUCACCCCUUCGUGGAGCCUUUCAGCACGUCUGUGUGGAUAUGUCGUCCAUGUGCGUUUAAGGGCUGUUCCCUGGUCUCCUCUCCCAGUGAACCAGCUCCUAUAGAUCCCAACCAUGGAUCCUCAGAGCAGGAGAACCAGCUCCCUUCCAACCCUGACCACCCCAACCAGGACAGUAAAAAGGAGGCUCCAGUGGCCUCUAUUCACUUCCUGGCCCAGGCCAUCACACCGGUCAAAGUGUGGCUCAACCACUACCAGUAUGUGGCCCUGCUGCGGAUGAAGGACACCCUGGCCAGGCUGGGGGGCGAGCUGGGCCGGGACACCAGGGAUGCUAAGCAGGCCAGGGGCCAGGAGUCUGAGCCCCCUACGAUGUGCCUAGCCCUCCUAAUGGACUCAGUGGAGCUGGGGCUCCUGCUACCACCUGCAGCCAUGGAGCCAGAGGAGGAGGAGGCCCACACCCCAGGAUCUGAAAGCCCUAGCCUGACAGACUCCGACCUCUCCCCCACUCACCAGGCUACAUCGCCAGGCCCUCUUGAAGACAGUGGGAUAGGAAACGGUACUGCCACCGUCAACAGCUCUCCUCCCAUUGAGCAGGAAGUGGAUGGUGUGGUAGAGGAGGCCAGCGAGGCAGUAGAGGUCAUGGAGGGGGAGACAACCCAGGAGGAUGGUCCUGUCCCCUCUCCUCCCUUCUCCCCUGAACACCAUCCCUCCCUCCUGUCUAGGGACCCCUCUACCUUCAGCCUGGAGGAAGAGCUGUCCAACGCCCUCACCGCAACCAAGGACGUCACCAAAGAUGCCUUUAGUGCCUCACUGGACCUGACUAAAGGGGCGUUCUCCAUCACAAAAGAUGCCUUCAGCUUCAUGAGUCGCGGGGCGGGGAUGAGCAAGCUGUUCACUACACAGGCCAAGGAGCAGCGCCCCGAGGAGGGAUGCCCUAUGGCCAGUCUGCGGCUCCAGUCCAUGAAGCUGUCUCUCUCGCAGUACUCAUUUGACAGCGCCAUCCUGGACGGAAGCCUGCCCGACGACCACCUCUCAGUGGACAGCGACACUAGCGACAACAUUCUCAUGGAUGAGUCAGGAGUAGAGUCCAUGAUGCGCCCCAACAGCACCCUGGGGCCCAUGGACAGUGGAGGCAGCGCUGCCCCGGGGACAGAGGGGGGGUCAUCAGCCGACCUGAGCAGCUCCCUGUCCCAGAGCAUUGAGGACAUCACACAGGACACAGCCUCUGUGUUGUUGCUGGUGCUCAGUGGUAUUGCCUGUGUGGCGGACCUGAAGGGAGAGGACCUGGUGGUGGCAGUGGAGGUCCAGCAUCUCACCUCCAGACAGAUGGGCAACGUAAGGGUCUCUGACCUGCUGGCCAGACAAAUCCCAGGUGGGUCCACCCUGGACCAGAGACAGCGCUGCAGGUCAGCUCCAGUGGUGGGCAUGCGAAUGGAGAUGGGUCCCUCUGCAGCACGGCACGGUCCCCUCUCUGCGUUGGUAGGUCACCUGGAGCUGGGUGUGCAGGGCUGUCGGGCGGAGCUCCUGGCCUCCACCCUGGCUACCCUGGGGCCCUUCCUGGAGGAUGAGCUCAGUGCUGAUGUCCAGCCCAUGAAGAUCCGCCUGGACAAUGUCACCAUCACUCUGAAGGAUGAUGGUCCCAAGAUCUACCCGACGGCCCCCCAGCCCCAACCUGCCACCUUCACCAUAGACCAGGUGGUUCUGGAGCGCUCUGAUGAUGGCUUGUUGAGAAUCAAAGGUGGUGCAGGCCCAGACUCUGCAGGUGGUGCUGUGGUAUGUUUGGAGAAACCAGACAGUUCUUGUUCUGUUCAACCACAGCAGAGCAAGAGUCCGUCCCUGGGGUCCCAGCUAUUGGAGGCUCAGUUGGCCCUCUCUCAAGCCCUCACUGACCGAGAACGUCUCCUCCUGGAGGUCAGGAAGUACGACCCCAUGUUUGACCUGUGACCUCUUUACUCCCCCGACCAGCAGAGGGCGAUAUACUGACACUGCGUCAAUAAGGGAGUAAAGGAACUGAAUGAAAUGUCUGGACCCAGGCAUAUGACAAUUUGUAAACAACAAAGAUGAGCACCCAAUGGUGGAAUCCACUCUGGUAGUUCGACAGCUCAAGCUCUUGUAAUGAAUUGUACAAACAGUGUGUCACUUCCAGAGAACACAUAGGGGGCCCUUGUAUUAACAAGAAGCCCCACUGGAGUCACUCUUUACACUCUGAGGUACAUAACAGGUACUAUUUUCAUCUGACAAUCUAAACGUGUUCCCUUCUGCUGUACAAAAGCAGUUUUAAUUUAAACCACCAUAGAGAAUACUCAUUGUUGGGCUGCAACUCAAUGGCCAUUUAUCUUUGAUUUGAAGAACACGUGCCAAAAUGUGUCUUAUA